GGGGGUGGUUGAAGGUAAAGCGAUCGAAAAGCUAGUUCCAGUUGUAGCGCCGACUCGGCACGGAGUUGUGUAGUUUAAAGGCACACACACUGUAUAAAAUAGUCGCACAUUUUUAUUAAAAAAAAAUAAUAAAAUAAAUAAUAAUUAAAUUACGUAGUUUCAACUAUAUAUCUAUCAUAUUAAAUUGUCAAUUCAAAGAAAAUAUUUAGUGAUAAUGCCGCGUCAACAAGCCAAUUGGAAACAAUUCCUCUUCAUAUUCUAUAUUUUACUGUUAUUUUCAUAUGCAACUUGUACGCUGCACGUACAGCUUGUUGCGCCGCAUUAUGUAGAAUAUCACACUGAUGCAACUUUGAUCUGUACUCACAAUGUCUCUGAUGAAAGCAAUCUUCGUAAGGUGGAAUUUUAUAAGGAUAAUAAAAAAAUAUUUCAAUAUAUAAGCGAUCGAAGUCCACCGUUUAAUAUUCCGAAUAAAAAUUCCAAUCUUGAGCAUUCGUCGGAUGGCAAGACAAUCACAUUAAAAAAGGUCACAUUCUCGGAUAGAGGAAUGUAUUCCUGCGAAGUUUCUACUUUAUCUCCAAUUUUUGAAACAGAAUCUAAACAAGAGAAAUUAGAAGUAAUAGUACCACAAACUGGACCACCAGUAAUAACUUUAGAUAAGUCAAUUUAUGUCGUGGGAGAAUUUUUAGAAGGAAAUUGUUCUUCCUCACCUACAGCUCCAGCCCCUUCUUUAACGUGGUAUAUCAAUGAAAAAAGGGUACCAUAUAAUGAUAUAAUUAUGCAUCCACACCAAAAACACAAUAAUAAUUUAAUGUCAUCCAGUAUAUAUUUGAAGACAAAAAUAACCGAAUUAUUAAUUAAUGAAAAUAAUGAAUUAGAGAUAAACUGUCGUGGUACUAUUCCAGAAUUCAAUCAGUAUGGAAAAUUUGCCGAUGAAAGGUUCGCUACUGAAAUCGUGCAAGUAAUUCCAGCCCCGACAAUUCAUUCUUCGUCAAAAAGACUUACUGAAAAACUGUCGUUAAUAAUAAUAACUUCAGUGCUCUGUGCUGUGCAAAAAAUGAUUCCUCUAUAAAGUCAAUUGCUCUAGGCUAAUUAAUGUGUAAUUUUAAGCAAAAAAAAAAAAAAAACAAAAAAAAACAAAAAAAAAUAAGCAAGGAAGAAAAAAAUAAGAAAGGAACAAUCAUUCAUACAUUUUUUCCAAAAGCAUCAAUUUUCAACAAAAAAAAAGAGAAAAAAGGAGAAAAAAAAAGGUGAAAAAAAACAAUCGAAUCAAAAAAAAGUUUGCAAAUUUAUUAUUGUGUGUCUUCCCUUUUAGUUUCGUCACAACAUUUUCGAAACAUCAAAUCACGACUUUUUCAUCCGACGAACAAUAAAUCAUCGAAAAAAAUAAUAUAUAAAAGCCAAAAUAAAACAAAAAAAAGAGAAAAACAAAUUAUGAAAGAUGGAAAAUGAUGAAUAGACAAAAUGAAACAUGCAGUUUAUUGCCAGAUAAUAUUUUUGGCAUAUAGAAAUUUUGCCUCGAUGUCUAGGCGCUAUACAAAUAUUAGAAAAAAGCAAAA